CUAUUUUUAGAACAAGGAACUUCCUAAUCACAGAAUUUGCGUCUGCGCAGUAAAAAAAUAAUGUCUCAUUUCCGGGACUUGAUCAACAAAUUGAAAAUGAAUUGAAUUUCCAUAAUACAGCAAUUUUUGAGAUUCGUAUAGUGUCUUUCAACGUCAGAACAUAUUUAUUCACUCAGGGAGAUUGAAAAUGAAAAGCACCUGGAUUUACAUCCUAUUCCAAAGCUUGGUUUCCGUAUAUCAAACAGAACAGAAAUCCUUAGACACGUAUAUAAAACAUUAUGAAGAGUUAGAUUACAGUACGACAGAUCUUCAUCAAUCACAUUUACGUACGAAGCGAUCGUUAAGUGAUAAAAAGUUGAGAUUUAAAUUCAAUGCUUUCAAAAGAGAUUUUAAUUUAGUAUUAGAGCCAGACAAAUUAGUGUUUACAAAAGAUGCAUAUUUAGACAAGCAUGGUCCUUUAGAUACAUCGCAUAUAUACAGAGGAACAGAAGAGGGGACAGGAGGCAGCAGUGUAUUUGGUUAUAUUGUAGACGGACAUUUCCGUGGAUCUGUCAGAAUUCCAGAGGACACUACAUAUCAUAUAGAACCAGUUAAACGAUUUAUUGGUAGAGUCAAAGAACUUCCUAAAUCACAUACUAUUAUAUAUAAGGAGGAACAUAUAGAUUUAGACCCACACAGGUUAAGAAGAGAAGCAGAAAAUGCCAUUGCUUCUUGUGGAAAUGGUAACAGACAAGUUCAUGAAUGGAUGGAGACUGUGGCUAACUCAGCUGACACAGAAAACUACAGAGUCAGAAGGUCAUACUCUGAUGAUAAAGAGGCAUUUUCAUACCAUAACAAAUAUUCUGAAGUACUGAACAGAGAGAAGCGUACACCACUUGGCGAUAAAAAUGCAUGCUUUCUGUUCAUGCAGGCAGAUCCAAAAUUAUACAACAAGGUUCUUUCAGCUUAUAAUAAGGACGUGUUAGCUAAAGAAGAUAUUGUAGGUACAUUUGCCUCUCAUGUUGAUGCCAUAAACACCAUCUACUCAAACACAGUGUUUAAAACAUUUGACAACUCGAUAAAAUACUCAGGAGUCAGAUUUAAAAUCCAGAGAACAAAAAUAAUGACACCUGCAACAGAAGGAUGUGCAUCAUCCAACCCCAAAACCCUGUGUAGUGACAACAUUGACGUCAGUAACUUCCUCAAUGAGAAUUCACUUAUAGAUCAUUCUGCUUUCUGUCUGGCAUACAUCUUUACAUACAGGGACUUCACACAGGGAACACUGGGACUUGCUUGGGUUGGAUCUUCUGGCCAGGCCUCUGGAGGUAUAUGUGAGAAGUACAAGUCAUUCCCUGAAGGUGGUAAACAAGUAAUGAAGUCUUUGAACACCGGAAUUGUGACUUUGGUGAAUUAUGGAGAUGAUGUAGCUCCACGUGUAUCACAGCUAACAUUCGCACAUGAAGUUGGACAUAAUUUUGGUUCACCUCAUGACAGUGGGCAGCAAUGUGCUCCUUAUGGUACUGGUGCCACAGAUGCUAACCAAGGUAACUACAUCAUGUAUGCCUCAGCUACAAAAGGAAACCAGCCACAUAACGAUGAAUUCUCACCUUGUAGUAAAGACAACAUGACCAGAGUAAUGAAUGCUGUGUUUGAUGAGAGAUAUGGAAAAAAAAACUGCUUCCAAAAUGAUGAUGCUGCCUUCUGUGGUAACAGUAUUGUUGAAGCUGGAGAAGAGUGUGAUUGUGGUUAUGAAGAAGAUUGUAAGCAGUCUGAUAAGUGUUGUGCUGGACGAGAUUCUAAUGGAAACGGAUGUACACUUAUGGCAGGGGCAAGUUGCAGUCCUUCCCAAGGAGGUUGCUGUGAUCCAACGACCUGUAAACCAGUCACAGAUUCCCGUCAGUGUAGACCACAAACAGACUGUGCAGCCGCAUCAAACUGUUCUGGCCAGGCAACAUGUCCAAAUUCUACAGCUGUACCUGACUACAUCACAUACUGUAAUGACUACAGUAAAGUUUGUAUUCAAGGGUUAUGUACCGGAUCCCUGUGUUCAAAAGUAGAUUAUGCUAAGGAAAACAAAGUAUCCUGGGUAGAAUGUUUUGUGGAAGCUGAUGGUGAUUCUGUAGCUGACAAGGAAAAACAAUGUCUGCUGGGUUGUAAAUUGAACAACUCAGAUGCCUGCUACAGUUCAGAAGGUGACGCAGCUGGGAAACCUGGACCAUUUCAUGAUUUAAUAAUUGAAAUAAGGAACAAGAAACAAGAUGCAGCCUAUAAAGUUGAACUUCCAGCAGGAUCACCAUGUAACAAUUACCAAGGAUACUGUGAUGUAUUUAAACGUUGCAGAGGAGUGGACGCUGAGGGUCCAUUGUCAAGAUUAAAGAAUUUAUUAUUUAGUACUGAAACAUUCACUAACAUAAAAGAUUGGAUAACUGAAUAUUGGUGGGCAGUUAUACUUAUAGCGAUAGGACUUAUAUUAUUUAUGGGACUCUUUAUAAAAGUGUGUGCAGUACACACACCAAGUAGUAAUCCCAAGGCUCCACCAGCACAGAGCUGGGGUGACACUCUCCGUAGAAGGAGAUCACAUCCACGGAACAGACAACAACAACAAAAUGCAGGAUACAGCCAAGAACCACUAAGACAACAAUCUCCCAUGGGACCCCCUCCACCAUACUCAUCAUCAGCCUCCUCCUCUAGCAAGCCUCAUCCUAAACAUGGCAAAGGUGGUAGGGGAAAAAGUCCAGGCAAGAGUCCCGGCAAGAAGGGCAGAGAUGCAAGAGUAUAGGUGCCAUAGCAAAAUGAUAUCUCUUUCAGCCAUUAGAAACAAAACAUUGUCAUUCAAAUUAGUACUAAUGAAUAUUCAUGUGAUAUAAGUAAGCGGUUAUGAAUAUUCAUAACCAAACGUUGUCAUUCAAAUACAUACUAAUUAAUAUUCAUAUGAUUGUAUUUAGUGGUUAUGAAUAUUCAUAACCAAAUAUUGUCAUUUAAAUUAAUACUAAUAAAUAUUCAUGUAAUAGAACUAUUUCGUUAUCAAUAUUCAUGUAAUAGAAUUAUGUCGUUAAGAAUAUUCAUAUUAUUAUUAUUGUUACAGUAUAUGAUUGAUAAUUAAAAUUAAAUUCAAAUUCUUUUAAAUUUUGCAAAACAAAACAAAAAUGCUACAAUUUCACACUGUGCUUAAAGUCUCUAUUUAAUCUUUAAUUUGAAUAAGUGAUGUUAAAUUCAGACAUUUGUUAUCAUUAGAAAUGUUUAAAAGGAUAUCGCUGUUCUUCAUCUCAAUGUCGAUUAAUUAUUUUUGAAGGAUACCAAUUUUCAUUCUUUAUAGUCUAGUUGAAACAUGAAUUUAAAUAUUGAAUGAAGUGUGUAGACCUGGGAAUAAUCACGAAGUCUAAUAUCCACUCAAUGCAUUUUUUUCUCAAUCAACGAAAAUUGAUAUCCACUAAAAUAAAUGAAUCCACAGUAUAAUAUUUGUCUUAAAGUUAGGAUAAAAGGCCACAAAUCAUGAAUUCAUUAAGUUUUUGACAUUGCAUGUUAAAAACAUAUAUUUUCAAUAUCAGUUUACAACAUCCAAAUAUUUUAAUUGUUGUCUCUUCUAAACCUGG